UAGCUUUAGGUCACGUCUCUGUCGCUGCCGCCGCCGUUGAGCAGUUUCUCCGUGACAGACAGGCAACCGGCAGUUUUCCGAGUCGCCUUUUCUUACAUUUAGAGAACCACCGGAGGAAUAAAAUGACUUUCCCGUCGAGGAUUUAAAGAGUUUGUGGAACUAUUUGAACACUUUGAAGUCCCCCGCCCACCACCAACACCUGUCAAUCAUGAGGAGCAGGAGCAACUCCGGCGUUAAACUGGACAACUAUGCCCGCGUGGUGCAGCAGACCAUCCUCAGACACCAGGACCCGGUGACCGGUCUCCUGCCGGGCAGCGAGGACCAGCCUCACUCGUGGGUCCGGGACAACGUGUACAGCGUCCUGUCCGUCUGGGCCCUCAGUCUGGCCUACAGGAAGAACGCCGACCGGGACGAGGACAAGGCCAAGGCCUACGAGCUGGAGCAGAGUGUGGUGAAGCUGAUGAGAGGAAUCCUUCAGGGCAUCAUGAGGCAGCUGGACAAGGUGGAGAAGUUCAAGUACAGCCGCAGCACGUCCGACUCGCUGCACGCCAAGUACGACACCAGGACCUGCGCUCCGGUUGUCGGGGACGACGAGUGGGGUCACCUGCAGGUCGACGCCACCUCGCUGUUCCUGCUGUUCCUCGCACAGAUGACCGCCUCAGGUCUCCACAUCAUCUACACUCAGGAUGAAGUGGACGUGGUUCAGAACCUGAUGUUCUACAUCGAGACGGCCUACAGAGUCGCCGAUUAUGGGAUGUGGGAGAGAGGAGACAAAACCAACCAGGGCAUCACGGAGAUCAACGCCAGCUCCAUCGGCAUGGCCAAGGCGGCCCUUGAAGCUCUGGACGACCUCAACCUGUUCGGGGCGAAAGGCGGCCCGGGGUCAGUGGUGCACGCCUUGGCUGACGACAUCCAGCACUGCCAGUCCAUCCUCACGUCCAUGCUGCCCAGAGCCUCCAUGUCCAAAGAGGUGGACGCCGGCGUGCUCGCCAUCAUCUCGUACCCGGCCUUCGCGGUCGACGACAUCAGCAUCGUCAACGCCACCAAGGAGGAGAUCAUCUCCAAGCUGCAGGGUCGAUACGGCUGCUGCCGGUUCCUCAGGGACGGACACAGAACUCCCAAAGAGGAUCCAAGCCGACUCUACUACGAGUCGGCCGAGCUGAAGCUGUUCGAGAACAUCGAGUGCGAGUGGCCGCUCUUCUGGACCUACCUCAUCCUGGAUGGCAUCUUCAUCAACAGCCCCGAGCAGGUCCAGGAGUACCAGGAGGCUCUGGAGGGGAUCCUCAUCAAACAGAAGGACGGUCUUCGGCUAGUGCCGGAGCUCUACAGCGUCCCCCCGGACAAGGUGGAGGAGGAGUACCUGAACCCCCACUCGGUGGAGAGGGUCCCGCUGGGUAAAUGUCCCCUGAAGUGGGCCCAGUCGCUGUACAUCCUGGGGAACCUGCUGUCAGAGGGGUUCCUGGCCCCCGGAGAGAUCGACCCCCUCAACCGCCGCUUCUCCACCGUCCCCAAGCCCGACGUGGUGGUCCAGGUGUCGAUCCUGGCCGAGACCGAGGAGAUCAAAGAGCUGCUGCUGCAGAACGGCGUCGCCGCGGAGACCGUCGCCGACAUCCACCCCAUCCACGUGCAGCCCUCCAGGGUGCUGAGCCACAUCUACGCCCGACUCGGUCGUAACCCCAGACUGGGUCUGACGGGCCGGCCCUACCGGAGGAUCGGGGUCCUGGGGACCUCCAAGUUCUACACCAUCAGGAACACCAUCUUCUCCUUCACCCCGCAGUUCGUGGACCACCAGCAGUUCUACUUGGCUCUGGACAACAAGAUGAUCGUUGAGAUGUUGAGGACGGAGAUCGCCUACCUGGCCUCCAGGUGGAGGAUGACCGGCAGGCCCACCGUCACCUUCCCCGUCUCCCAGACCAUGCUGACUGAAGACCACUCGGCUCUGGACCCGACGGUGUUGGCGACUCUGAGGAAGCUGCAGGACGGAUAUUAUGGAGGAGCACGGAUCCAGACUGGGAAGCUGUCUGAGUUCCUGACCACUUCCUGUUUCGCUCACCUGAGCUUCCUGGACGGUAAAGGUUCUGGCAGCGUGGGCCGCCAUGAUGAUGAAGAUGAUGAUGAAGGUGACGGCAAUGGAUAUGUGCACGAGUUACGUUGUGAUGAUGAGGCCGACGACCUCGCCCAGUACCUGGACCACUUGUUGGCCCACGCCGCGCCCAAGAAGCCGCAGCCGGCGGCGCCGGGCGGUCUGAGCCGGUUCAAGGCCGCGGCCUCCAAGACGAAGGACAUGGUGUCCCUGCUGAACAAGGCCCAGGGCCUCGGCGUGCACAACUUCAACAUGUACCUGCCCAACCAGCUGUUCCGCUCGCCGCAGCCGUUCCUGGACCUCAACCUGCCGGGCUCCUCGGCGCCGCCGGGCCCUCGGGCUCCGGAGGCGGCGUCCUCGGCGGGCGGCGGCGUCCCCAGAGACGCCGACGGCGGCGUGGACCACGGGGCGCUGGUCCGGAUGCUGAAGGACACGCAGAGCCUGCAGGCCCAGGCCGACAUCCUCUACAUCCUCUUCAAGGACAAGGGGAUGGACUGGGACACGGGGCUGCAGGGCCCCGGGCUGCAGGGCCCCGGCUGCACGGUGAGGGCCCUGCUGGCCGAGCUCUACGAGCGAGCCGGAGAGCUGAAGCACUGGAGCCUCAUCAGGAGGAUCUCAGGGAUGCUGAGGAAGAAGGUGGAGGAGCUGGACUCGGCUUGCACUGAUUUGCUGGCGCACCAGAAGCACCUGACGGUGGGCCUGCCCCCCGAGCCGAGGGAGAAGACCAUCUCCGCCCCGAUCCCCCCCGACCAGCUGGCCGCCCUCAUCGAGGAGGCCAGCGGCAACAACAUCAGCGUGGCCAUCCUCACCCAGGAGAUCAUGGUCUACCUGGCGAUGUGCAUCCGGACUCAGCCCAGCCUCUUCAGCGAGAUGUUCAGGCUCCGGAUCGGCCUCAUCAUCCAGGUGAUGGCCACCGAGCUCGCCCACUCACUCAACUGCUCAGGGGAGGAGGCCACAGAGAGUCUGAUGAGUCUCAGUCCCUCCGAGCUGAAGAACCUCCUCCACCACAUCCUCAGCGGCAAAGAGUUCGGCGUGCAGCGCAGCGUCAGGGAGCUGGAAGUCGGCAUCAGUCCCGCCAUCUCCAUCCAUCACCUCGGCAACGUGGGCGCCACCAAGAGCGAGAGGGCCGGCAUCAGCAAGCUGAAGAGCGACAUGAAGAUGCUGGAACACAGGUUGUCUUUAACGGAGCCCAGCCAGCUCGACCAAUCACUGGCCUCCGCUCGGCAGCUGACGGACGUUCGGUCUCAGUCGCUCGACGUGGGAACCGUCGACGCCGCGAGGUGCAGGGUGCAGUCCAUAGAGUCUCUGGACAUUCCGGAGUUCCAGCCGGUCGCCACGGAUACGCGACACGGCCAAUGGCUGCGCAGGAGGCGUCUGGACGGUGCGCUGAACCGCGUCCCCGUCGGCUUCUACCAGAAGGUCUGGAGGAUCCUGCAGAAGUGCCACGGUCUGUCCAUCGCGGGCUUCGUCCUCCCGUCCUCGACCACCAGAGAGAUGACGCCGAGCGAGAUCAAGUUCUCGGUGCACGUGGAGACGGUGCUGAACCGCGUGCCGCGGCCCGAGUACCGGCAGCUGCUGGUGGAGGCCAUCCUGGUGCUCAGCCUGCUGGCCGACGUGGACGUGCCGAGCAUCGGCUCCAUCAUCGCCGUGGAGACGGUGGUGCAGCACGCCAACCUCCUGUUCCUGCAGGACCAGAGGGACCUGGGGGCCGAGGAGCACCUGCUGGAGUGUGACCCGUCCACCGGCGUGUGCCUGCUGCUGUACGACAGCGCCCCUAGUGGUCGCUUCGGGAGCAUGACGUACCUCACCAAGGCCGUGGCGGCCUACGUCCAGGACUUCCUGCCCGCCGGGGCGUGCGCGGUGCAGUGAGGCGGCGACGACCCCGUGACCCCCGUGACCCCCGUGACCCCCGUGACCCGGGAGAGGAGGGAGGAACCACUCGGCACACUGCGGGAGCUUCUGGAGAGAUUCUGAGCUCCUGGUUCAUUUUGACUCUUUGUGUCUUUGUGUUUCUGUUUUGUGUCUCUGUGUGUCCUUGUGUGUCUGUGUGUCCUUGUGUGUGUCUGUGUGUUGUUCUCCGUCUGUCUGUCUUUGUGUGUCUUUGUGUGUCUGUGUGUCUUUGUGUCUUUGUGUCUUUGUGUGUGUCUGUGUGUUGUUCUCCGUCUGUCUGUCUUUGUGUGUCUUUGUGUCUCUGUGUGUCCUUGUGUCUGUGUGUGUCUGUGUGUUGUUCUCCAUCUGUCUGUCUUUGUGUGUCUUUGUGUCUCUGUGUGUCCUUGUGUCUGUGUGUGUCUGUGUGUUGUUCUCUGUCUGUCUGUCUUUGUGUGUCUUUGUGUCUCUGUGUGUCCUUGUGUCUGUGUGUGUCUGUGUGUUGUUCUCCGUCUGUCGGUCUUUGUGUGUCUUUGUGUCUCUGUGUGUCCUUGUGUCUGUGUGUUGUUCUCCGUCUGUCUGUCUUUGUGUGUCUUUGUGUCUCUGUGUGUCCUUGUGUCUGUGUGUGUCUGUGUGUUGUUCUCCGUCUGUCGGUCCUCCAUCAGGGGAACAGAGGUGACGACGUGAUGACAUCAUCAGGCUUCUGAUAUUUGUUGAAUCUUUUGUUGGUUUUGGUCUUAUUUGGAUUUGUUGUCCACAAUAAAACAAUAAUAACAAUAAUCUAGAAACUCCUUAAAGUAGAAAAUAUAUGAAGAAUAAUAAUGAGACGAAAUCUACUGACUAUUUAUUCUACAGCUCUGAGAUUUAAAAAAGCUUAAAGAGAAGAAGAGUCUUAAAGAGGGCGUGUGUGUGAGAGUGUGUGUUUUUAACUAUGCAAAAAUAACAGACUUAAAGGUUGUGUAAAAAACUACUUAUUAUUGUAACACAAAGAACUUUUAUUGUGGUAAUGAAAUAAAGGAAAUGAAUUCACUUCCAUCGGCGAAACUAACCGUUUGUUUUGUUGUUUACAGUAAAACUUAUAUAUAUAUUUACUCAUAUUUCACAGUUUGAUGCACAGAGUCGUACGAAGCAGCAACGAUUCUGUAAUAAAACUGAUAAAACACA